GCUAUACUGUCUUCGUGUUGGUAUUUGGAUCUCAUUAGUUAUGGCUCGGAUUGGAAACAGUACUACCGGUGCGAACCGCACAGCUUUAACGGUACUGUCGAGCAAAACAAUUUGGUUAUUGGCGGCGAAGCAGCGCUUUGGUCAGAAUAUAUUAACGGCGCCAAUCUUAUUAGUAGAACAUGGCCCCGGGCGUCGGCCACCGCUGAGCGACUCUGGAGUCCCAAAGCGAUGAACAGUACCGACAAAGCCGUCAAACGGUUUCACAAACAUAACUGCCUUUUGAUUGAAAGGGGUCUCCGAUUAGAGCCCAAUGAAGGCCCGGCUUAUUUUCUGAACGGGGCCCAUAAAUUUUACGCGUUGUUUGCUUUGAUUCAAAGCCAGGCAGUGGACGGAGAGGUGGAUGUGUGGCCUCACCCACAAGACGCCACUUCGAGCCCAAACUUUUUGCAAAUAGACUCAACAAAGUUUGUCUUCACUGAUAAAUCUGUGAACAAAUGCGAUCUUCUGAGUGAUGCCAUCACCAGAACUAAAAAAUCGGCUUUCAUUCAGGGCUGUGCUAGAGUUGGUGCCACUGAUUAUAAACCCUUUUAUCAAAAUAGCCAAAACUAUCAGCUCAACGCCAAUUUCAAAGGAGAUUUAAGUGGUAUUGAAAUCGAUGUAAAAUCUUGCGAAAAGUUACCGCAUCUGGAGAUGAAUGAGAAAUACAAUCUUGUGGUCAACGGAAGCGCCCGAACGGCUCGUCUCGAGUCCGACACCAUUUGGGGUGCGAUCAGAGGAUUGGAGACAUUCUCUCAAUUGGUCUCAAAUGUCGGACAAAACCAAUUCGUUAUCAAUGAAACAGAUAUCAGAGAUUUCCCCCGAUUUGCAUACAGAGGUAUAUUAAUGGACACUUCCAGACACUUUAUGCCAAUGCAUGUCUUAUACGAGAACUUGGAUGCGAUGGCCUAUAAUAAACUUAAUGUCCUUCACUGGCAUAUCGUUGACGAGCAAUCGUUUCCAUAUGUGAGCAAAAAGUUUCCCGAUUUGAGUCUUAAGGGCGCCUAUAAUCCCGAAACACAUGUCUAUUCACCACAAGAUGUCCAGAAUGUGAUUGAAUACGGGAGACAACGAGGUAUUAGAGUAUUGGUUGAAUUCGAUACUCCCGGANUCUAUUCACCACAAGAUGUCCAGAAUGUGAUUGAAUACGGGAGACAACGAGGUAUUAGAGUAUUGGUUGAAUUCGAUACUCCCGGACACACGACCUCUUGGGGAAGGGGACAGAAGGGGAUUCUCACCGAAUGUUACACUAAUGGCACCAAAAACGGAAAGACCGGACCAUUAGAUCCCACUAAAGAGAAUGUCUACACGUUUUUGGAGGAACUGUUUAGCGAAGUCGGCACCACUUUCGCCGACCAAUAUAUUCAUUUGGGUGGCGAUGAAGUGGACUUUGGCUGUUGGGAGUCUAAUCCAGACAUCAAUAAGUUUAUGAAAGAGAAAAACAUAACAACUUAUGCAAAACUAGAGGACUAUUACAUGCAAAGAGUGUUGAAUAUAGUAAAAAAACUUAAUAAAAGUUAUAUAAUUUGGGAGGAAGUGUUCAACAACGGUGUAGAGUUGAAGCCGGACACUGUUGUCCACGUGUGGAUCGGUUCCUGGGGUGACGAUAAAGAGAAGUAUUGGCGCCCGGAGUUGCGUAACGUAACCGCUAAGGGUUAUAGAGCUAUACUGUCUUCGUGUUGGUAUUUGGAUUUGAUUAGUUUCAAGCAAUCGGGUGCGGAGACAGGCGUUCAAGACUGGAAGGACUACUACCGGUGCGAACCCCACAGUUUCAACGGUACUGAAGAGCAAAACAAACUGGUCAUCGGCGGUGAGGCUGCCCUUUGGGCCGAGUAUAUGAACGGGGGCAAUUUUAUUAGCAGAACAUGGCCGCGAGCAUCGGCUGUGGCUGAAAGACUGUGGAGUCCAAAAAGUAUGGACAGCACUGACAAAGCGUUUAACAGAUUUCAUAAACAGACGUGUCUUAUGAUUGAAAGAGGUUUGGGUGUCCAGCCCUGUGACGGACCCGGUUUUUGCCGAUGCGAUUAUACGCUAUAACAUUAUAAUAUACAUGAACUAAACUGCUCGCAUUAUUUUCAUAGUGUUAUGCUCAA